CCGAGCUGAAGAGAUGGACAUAGAGUCAGCAGAAGGCUUCAAGCCGGUGCGUCGGCGUAAGGGUGGCCGCACUCGGCCGUCGGCAUCACCCUACGACAAAGAUGAUGCGCCCAUGGGAGCGGCGGAUGGCGAUGCGGGGGACGUGCUGCAGGCCGUGGACGUGGAGAUGAACGUGGCAGAUGACGAGGAAGAAGACGACGACAAGCAGGUGAAUUGGGUGGAAAGGACGACAGACAAACGACGCACAGCAUCGUGCAUCUGCUUGCUUGUGCUGUAUGUGUUGCCUGCCUGUCAGGGGGAGAGUGAUCCCAAGUAUGCUCCCCUGAAGCCGCAGCAAAUGACAAGCAAAAAGGUACGUGGGUAAACAGCAUUCAAUCCAGCACAGAGAGAAGAGAACUGAAUUUGUGUGAUGUGUUCGUUGUGUUCGGCGUCCAUGCAGGGCGGUGGAAAGUUCCAGAUCCGGCGGCUGUUGGUGCCUCCGCACCGCUACACGCCGCUGCGGAACGCGUGGCUGGAGAUGUUGCAGCCGCUGGUGGACCACAUGAAGCUGCAAGUCCGCAUGAACACCAAAAGAAGAUGCGUCGAAAUCCGGGUGGGCGGGCAGCUGGGUGAAUGCUUACGUGAAUGUGUGGUGUGUCGACUGAUUGAUGUACUUACUGCCUGCAGACUUCGCCGGACACGAAGGACAUCGGUAAUCGCUGAGGCGGUGCUCAGAUCAGACUGACACGUAGACGGGCUUCUUGUGUGUCUGUGUCUGUGCUGUCGUCUUCAGGUGCUCUGCAAAAGGGAGCGGAUUUCGUCAAGGCCUUUCUGGUACGCAGCGCGACACACGAACUGAAUUUGCCAGACAGACGUCAUGGCUGUAUGUGUGUGUGUGUGUUUGUGUGUGAUCGAUGUCAGCUGGGGUUUGAGGUGCAGGACGCCAUUGCGCUGCUGCGCCUCGACGACCUCUUCAUCGAAUCGUUUGAAAUCAAAGACGGUAUGAGUCAACACACACACAGCACACGAGAGGCGAAAGAUCUGAACCCACUGAACCCCUUCUGUAUGGUGCGUGUGGUUCAGUGAAGCGUCUGAGCGGCCACCACAUGUCGCGUGCGAUCGGUCGCAUCUCGGGCAAGGACGGCAAGACCAAAUACGCCGUGGAGAACGCCACCCGCACUCGCAUCGUCCUGGCGGACCAGAAAAUACACAUACUCGGUGAGUCAGCCAAUCAGCCACUGACCGAUGGGCGGGCCGGAGGCAGCCGUACACGAACAGCUCAUGAAAUUGGAGUCUGUCUGUGUGUCUUCGUGUUUGUCUGUGUGUGAAGGUUCGUUCAACAACAUCAAGUUGGCGCGUGACAGCAUCUGCAAUCUCAUCCUCGGUCAGUGCAGCUCUGAUGCUGGACGGAUGGAUGGAUGGAUGGAUGGCUCCCAUUCAUGCGGUGGUUGUCUGUUGUGUGUUGUGGCGCUGUAUGUAUGUGUGUGCGCAGGCAGUCCGCCAGGCAAGGUGUACAAUCACCUCCGUACAGUGGCCAAGCGCCUGCAGGAGCGGCUCUAGACUGAUGAACUAGAAACACAACAGACAGGCUGCUUUCAUAGUCAGGCGGACGUAGUCAGGGAAACACACACGUAGUCAGGGAAAGGUCUCGAC